AUGACCGCCAAGAAUAAACUGUUGCAAGAUGACUCGGGUUGUCCCAAAUUCAGCGUUGGCGACUGCCAGAUUUCUCUCGUUAGUAUUAAAACCAAUCUCCCCAGCAGCAUGCUGCCCAAACUUGUGAAUAAAUUCCUGGAUACCACCCUUCAAAAAGUCUUGCCAGACAUGCUGUGCCCAGCAGUGGAUGCUGUGCUUACCCUCGUGAACCAAAAGUUCACCACCCUGGUUUCCCCGAGCUCAGUCGGCACCGCUGGAAGCAUCUACUAUGCUUUGCUGAGCCCACCAGUGACGAGUGACGUUUUCAUAGAACUGGAUUUGAAUACCACGGUCCUGCAAGAGGGUGGAAACCUCAUUGCCCUUCCCGCUGACCCCCCAGCUCUUACUUCCCUGCCGCCGAAAAUGGACUCCGCUACCCAGCUGGCCCUGUCAGUGAAUUUCCUGAGCGCCGAGCUCACACUCAUGCAAACAUCCCUCAACCUUGAUGUCACGGAGACCAUGCCGAUGGUUAUUGAAAUCCGAAUAACUAAACCGCCCAUGCUCACCAUUCGGCAGGACAAAGGCCUCGUGCAUCUCUUCGGCACCGCAGAGUUCCUCACUUCGCAGCCCAACGCCGCUCAGGAAUCCCUCUUUGUCCUGAACAUUCAUAUCAAUUUGGAUACCCAAUUCUCUAUUCAGGAAGAGAAGCUGCGGAUCUCCUUAGCUCUGGACAGCUUGUAUGGAAUGGCCUUGGCGGCUUCGUCCAUCGGCGCGUUCGCUGAGUUGCCGGUGAAGGGAUUUUUGGAGAAUAUUAUUGAAGCUGCGUAUGUGCCAGCCAUCAAUGGGGCACUGCAAGAAGGGAUCCCUCUGCCUCACCUGCUAGGCAUUAAAUAUGCAAAUGCUGAUAUUAGCAUGUCUGAGAAGGUCUUACCGGUGUGUCUGGCUGCAGAGUUCAGGACUGUGAGGAACUAA